AAAUUCAAAUUCGCAAAUAAAGAGAUCAAGAAAUUCUCUCUCUUCCCUCUGCUAAAGUAAAAAUUUGAUCAAUUCCUCAAAAACAAUUCGACGCAGAGAACACAAUUGUAGUAAUAUAAGGCUCAAUCAAGAGAGAGAGAGUGUGUGUGAGAGAGUGAAUCAAAUGGCGGCGAAGCAAAUGGAAGAGAUACAGAGGAAAUUAGGAAUGUUGAAUUACCCGAGAGCCAAUGCUCCUGCUCAGUCUCUCCUCUUCGCCGGCAUGGAGCGUUACGCCCUUCUGGAAUGGCUCUUCUUCAGGCUAUUAGGCGAUAAGUCCCCCUUCUCUCAACAAAACCUACAAGGAGACGCCAUGGAUCGCGACGAAGAAACCGCUCGCAUCCAAUAUUUAGCAGAGAUUGCAAAGUUUUUGGGUAUAACAACUACUAUUGAUACAGAGGCCAUCCAAGGACGAGGAAGCUAUGAAGAUCGUACUGAAAUGCUUCGUCUCAUUGUAGAUCUUGUAGAGGCGAGUAUCUACGCUGAUAAUCCAGAUUGGAGUGUUGAUGAACAAGUAACAAAGGACAUACAAUUAAUUGAUUCUAUUGCUGAGAAACAAGCUCAAAUUUUCUCCGAGGAGUGCAAGUUGUUCCCUGCAGAUGUGCAGAUUCAAAACAUAUAUCCACUGCCAGACAUUUCUGAUUUGGAAAAACAGCUUUCAGAUCAAUCAAAUAGGCUCUUGAAUCUCCAAGAGAUGGUUGAUGAUUUGGCAUCAAAGCAUGCUUACAACCCAGAUGAGGAAUACACUGAGGUGGAACUGAAACUGCGAGCGCAUUUGGAAUCCUUUCUAGAAACUGCAAGAUCCUUCAAUAUGAUUUACACAAAGGAAAUUCGUCCCUGGACGCACAUGAUGGAGGUACCGCAACUUCAUGGGUUCGGGCCUGCUGCUAAUCGCUUGUUGGAGGCAUACAAAAUGCUUUUGAAGUUCUUAGGGAACUUGAGGAAUCUUCGAGAUUCGCAUGCUGCAGUGGCUGUUGGUUCAUCCGAAACAAUAGCUGGUGAGCCCUCUUCGAUCACAAGAAUAAUUUCUGAAUGUGAGUCUGCACUAACAUUCUUAAAUCGCGAUCUUGGAAUUCUUUCGGCUUCUAUUGCUCGUGAGCAAGGUGAGGAGUUCAGUCUGUGAUGAAAUGUAUAAAGUGGAGGGAAAUAUAUUCUCUUCUUUUGUGGACGUAUAUGAAAUCAAAAUCUCUGUCCAUUUAUUCAAUGAUAAUUGAAAGUGUAAUAGAAGCCAAAGUUUAUUGGGUUAUUUUUCUCUUAAACUGCACUAAAUUUUGUAUUCUUUUUGUGCAAACCUUGGAUCUAACUGAUUGGUUCUAGGAACUUUAAGGGUUUUCAUUUCUUGACAUGAAAUGCUCUUUUUCAGGGCAUUGUUUUUUGUCCUUCAACAA